AUGUUGAAAUCGGUUCGGUUUGUCGGCUUCCUCUUAGCUCUAGCGAUUUCAUCGUCGAUUCAAUCCGAAUCAGCAUUCGCUCUCAGAAACAUUCCGGAGGCGCUUAAUUCAGCCGAUUGGUCAGCGGCGACCUGUUGGGACGCGAUAACCGCGGUGGAAGGAUGCCAGGACGAGAUCGACAUGGCGAUGAAGAGUAACGAGAUCGAGGUGAGUCGCGAUUGUUGCAGAGCGAUAUUACAUGGACUGCCGGACAAAUGCGCCGCCGAGGUUUUCUCGUCUGGCGGAGAAUUUUCGGCGGAAAUUAGCGGUGCGGUUAACGAAUAUUGCGACGGAAUGGGAAUAACUCCGCCGGUGCUUGAGACUGAUGAAUAA